AUGCGAACCGAAACUCAUAUGGCUACCAGCGAGACCUUAUCGGGUAAAACAACAUUACAGCCUGAUUCGGCGCAAGCCUCCGACCUGCCAUGUAUUCUCCGAGGAGUUGGGGCCUUUGCAGACGAUGCCUCUGUUAUACCCGCGGAUUCAACUACAACGGGCAGGAAGAAGCGGAGGCCAUGGAUGAGGAAGAACCGCAGACCAAUCGUAGGCUGGGACCAGUUAUGGCUGUGA